CAACAAAACCAGCUCAGCUCCUGGUAAAAAUUUGUUCCAUCAAAUUGAGUUUUUCUUCAAACCCUACCGCUGUUUGUUUUUAUAGCUGAGUUUUUGAGUUUUUUGUUUCCUCUCCCGUUUUAAGUUAUAGUUUAGAUGGCGGGAAGAAACCGAGUUCCUCAUGAAGUUUUUGGCCACCGGCGCGGCUAUCCAGCAGAGGAGCAUAUCCCUCGAGGCCCUUUAAUCCGGCCUAUACCUCCUCAUCCUGCUCUAUUAGAGGAAGAACUUGAAAUUCGACAUCUUGAGCUUCGGAGGCUACUAGAUGAAAAUCGAAGACUGGUUGAGGACAGAAUUGCUUUGGAGCGAGAUUUAAAUUCUGCGAGGGAAGAGUUCCGUCGCAUGAAUCUAGGCAUUAAUGAUAUGCGCGCUGAACAAGACCUCCAAUCUAGGGAGCUUAUCGAAAGGGUUCUGAAGUUGGAUGCUGACCUUCGGGCUACUGAGCCUUUAAAAAUUGAGGCUGCAAAACUUCGUGAUGAGAUUCAUAGACUGAAUGCCAUUAGGCAGGAUCUAACGGGGCAAAUUCAGGGUCUCUCUCAAGAACUUGCUAAGUUUCGGGCUGAAAACCAGAAAAUUCCUGGUUUAAAGAAUGAGAUUGACGGACUGCAUCAGGAACUUGUGCGAGCUAGAACUGCUGUCGAUUUUGAAAAGAAUGCACAUAUUGAGCUGGUGGAACAGAGGCAGGCAAUGGAGAAGAACAUGGUCGGCAUGGCUCGUGAAGUUGAGAAGCUGCGUGCUGAGCUUGCAAAUGCUAGAGCAUGGAAUGCAGGUGGGGCCUAUGGAAUGAAGUACAAAAACCCUGAUGCCAAUUUUCCUGCCCCUUAUGACGACGCAUAUGGGAUUCGCCAGGGUCCUUCAUAUGGUUCCAGUUCUGCUUCCUGGGGAGGCCAUGAAAAACCAAGGAUGAAUCGCCGUUGAUGAUAUGUGGAGGAUUAAUGUAAUGGUUCAGCAAGGAUGGAAAAACUGAUGGUGAUGAGCGGUG